AGAGGACCAAACCAUGCUCUAACCAUUUUAUAGUCCUUUCAAUGAGAAACUUGUUUAGCUUUGGUAAUCAAAACCAUUGGUGGAUUCCUACAAAUCAACGAACUAUAUUGUGUCGUCUGCAGUCUGACCUCAAUGAUACGACCCUCAGCGAUAAGCAUAGGUCGAAAUUUGUGAUAUAUUUUUUUUUACAGCUGGUGAAGGCUCGACAUAAGUGAAAAAUUCUACAAGGGACAUAAAACAAAAACUUUUGUCUUUACUGAUUUUAAGAAGACAGAAGAUGUUCAACUUUCGGAAAAGUACGUCAUCCUCAGUUGACAAGGGUUGGGCCUGGAUAGUGCUGCUUGGAUGCUUUCUGGAGUACUUCGUUAUCGUUGGAAUGUUCAAAUCAUUUGGAUUAUUCUUCGUGGAAUAUCAGAGGAAGUUCUCCACGUCAGCCUCCGUCUUAUCCAUGGUCUUGUCAGUUCAAGCCGUUAUGGGCAGCGCUACCUCUAUUGUAAUCAUGGGCAUUGGAACACGAUACUUUCAUGAAAGAACUUUUGUUAUAUUGGCCGCAGUUUUUGGACUGGCCUCCAACUUAGGCAAUGCGUUUGCUCCUCAUCCGUCCGCUCUCUUCUUCACACAAAGUACUCUAUAUGCACUGGCAGUCAUAUUCGCCCAUCUUCCUUGCACAUUGAUGCUUGGGAAAUAUUUUGAGAAGCGCAGAGGAAUGGCAAAUGCGGUUGCAAAUGUCGGAGGAAGUAUCGGAGGUUUGGUGUUGCCGCCAUUAGUAGUUUAUUUGUUCGGUGAAUAUGGACUUCAGGGGACCCUCAUCAUAGUUGGAGGAGUCUGCCUUCAUUUCCUUCCUAUUGGACUGCUGAUGCGACCGAUUGAAAGAGAAGAGGACACAUUACAAGACACUAAAGAAAAAGAAAAUGGUGAUGUCACUGAAGAAAUGAAAACUCCUGAGAAACUUCUCGGGUCAAACGAAAGAUUACAUAACGAUAAUGAAUACGAAGCUCAAGACAAUCUUACAGAGUCCAAAUAUUCACAUUAUAAACACUUCACUGGAAAAGGAAGAUCGACUUCUUUCGCAAGAGAGGAAAAUUCUGAGGAUGGGAUGAAUAGGCAAGUCAAACCCAUUGAAUUAUUUGGAAGUUCGGCGGACAUUUCAUUAACAAUGUCCUUAGAGAGAGUAUACCUGAAAAAUUCAAAACUGGAGAUCGAUAUGAUCUCAAUUCAUGAUGAAAAUCAGCGUAGUCGUUGUAUGAUUUUUUUAUAUACAAUAUUCGACUUCUCUUUACUCAAGAAUAGAAAAUUUAUGCUCCUGAUUUCAUCAUCAUUUCUCGUUGCCGCUACUAGCACAAUUCCUAUAACAUACAUUCCACCACUUGCCACAGACAGAGGACUGCAGCCAGAUAUGAUCGGAUAUCUCGUCACAAUUGCAGGGGCCAGUGAUCUGUUGGGUAGAUUUCUCCUUGUAUUUAUUGCAGACAACAAGAAUAUUCAAAGGCAUCAUGUGAUGACAAUUGCUAUGACAGCAAAUGGUGUUUUAUGUCUGUUGACAGCAUUCUAUACCGAGUUUGCCUCCCUUGCGGUGUUUGGAAUCUUCAAUGGAAUAUUUGGAGGGGUUUAUUAUUCACUGAUAAACGUUCUGUUGGUAGAUUUUAUAGGUUUGAAAUCUCUGAACUACGGACUAGCAAUCAGUACGGUGACCAGAGGAAUUUCAAUAGCUUUAAAUUCGACACUUGUAGGUGUUAUACGGGACUCCACCGGUUCCUACGAGGGUGGCUUCUAUUUGAUGGGAGUUUGUUCAAUUCUAGGCGGAUUGCUGUUACUGUUGAAGCCCUGUAUAUCGAAAUAUCGAUUGACCUUGCAUUGCAAGACUGACAAUUGUUACGAUGUCAACUGUUUCAGAAUUAUACCACUUUUAACUCUGAUUAGCACAUCAAAUUGCAGGAGACAGAAGAUGUUCAACUUUCGAAAAAGUACGUCAUCCUCAGUUGACAAGGGUUGGGCCUGGAUAGUGCUGCUGGGAUGCUUUCUGGAGUACUUCGUUAUCGUUGGAAUGUUCAAAUCAUUUGGAUUAUUCUUCGUGGAAUAUCAAAGGAAGUUCUCCACGUCAGCCUCCGUCUUAUCCAUGGUCUUGUCAGUUCAAGCAGUUAUGGGCAGCGUUACCUCUAUUGUAGUCAUGGGCAUUGGAACACGAUACUUCCAUGAAAGAACUUUGGUUAUAUUGGCCGCAGUUUUUGGACUGGCCUCCAACUUAGGCAACGCGUUUGCUCCUCAUCCGUCUGUCCUCUUCUUCACACAGAGUACUCUAAAUGCACUGGGAGUGAUAUUAGCCCAUCUUCCUUGCACAUUAAUGCUUGGGAAAUAUUUUGAAAAGCGCAGAGGAAUGGCAAAUGUGGUUGCAAAUGUCGGAGGAAGUAUUGGAGGUUUGGUGUUGCCGUCAUUAGUAGUUUAUUUGUUCGAUGAAUAUGGACUUCAAGGGACCCUCAUUAUAGUUGGAGGAGUCUGCCUUCAUUUCCUUCCUAUUGGACUGCUGAUGCGACCGAUUGAAAGAGAAGAGGUCACAUUACAAGACACUAAAGAAAAAGAAAAUGGUGAUGUCACUGAAGAAACGAAAACUUUUGAGAAACUUCUCGAGUCAAACGAAAGAUUACAUAAAGAUAACGAUAAUGAAUACGAGGCUCAAGAAAAUCUUAUAGAGUCCAAAUAUUCACAUUAUAAACGGUUUAAUGCAAAAGGAAGAUCGAAUUCUUUCCCAAGAGAGGAAAAUUCUGAGGAUGGGAUGAAUAGGCAAGUCAAACCCAUUGAAUUAUUUGGAAGUUCGGCGGACAUUUCAGUAACAAUGUCCUUAGAGAGAGUAUACCCGAGAAAUUCAAACCUGGAAGUCGAUAUGGUAUCAAUCAAUGGUGAAAAUCAACGUAGCCGUUGUAUGAAGAUACUGUACACAAUAUUCGACUUCUCUUUACUCAAGAAUAGAAAAUUCAUGCUCUUGUUUUCAUCAUCAUUUCUCGUUGCCGCUGCUAGUACAAUUCCUAUAACAUACAUUCCACCACUUGCCAUAGACAGAGGACUGCAGCCAGAUAUGAUCGGAUAUCUUCUCACAGUAUCAGGGGCCAGUGAUCUGUUGGGUAAAUUUCUCCUCUUAUUCAUAGCAGACAACAAGAAUAUUCAAAGGCAUCAUGUGAUGACAAUUGCUAUGACAGCAAAUGGUGUUUUAUGUCUGAUGACAGCAUUCUAUACCGAGUUUGCCUCCCUUGCGGUAUUCGGGAUCUUGAAUGGAAUUCUUGGAGGGGUUUACUAUUCACUGAUAAACGUUCUGUUGGUAGAUUUUAUAGGUUUGAAAUAUCUGAACUACGGACUAGCGGUUGGUACGGUGACCAGAGGAAUUUCAAUAGCUUUAAACUCGACACUUGUUGGUGUUAUACGGGACUCCACCGGUUCCUACGAGGGUGGCUUCUAUUUGAUGGGAGUUUGUUCAAUUCUAGGCGGAUUGCUGUUACUAUUGAAGCCCUGUAUAUCAAAAUGAAUUAUGAAUAAAUAUUCGACAAACGGCA